AUGCUAGCUAUAGCAUUUCUUAACUUCGCGAUUGCUAUCACAAACGCUCUUCAGCUAAAUGUUGGCGCGAUUUUGGAGGGCUCUAGUCCAGGCAAGGAGGCAGCAUUUCGAAAGGCAAUCUACUCGGCCAAUGAGAGAUUGAGCAGAAGUCAGCGCAGCUCAGCAGAGUCGGUGUCCUUGAACCUGAUCCUGAAGAACAUUGAGGUGGCGGACACCUUUGCAGCUGCAUCAGCAACUUGUCAGCUGCUCUCUGAAGGCGUGGUUGCAAUCUUCGGACCGGAUAGUCCGACCACAUCAACUCAGGCCCAAUGGAUUUGUCAGAAUCACCAAGUGCCCUAUCUCCUAGCCCACUGGGAUCCGAUAGAACUACUUGACGAAGUUGCAGACGCCUACGGCGACAAUAAAGCUAGCCAUCUCCUCAAUUUUACCAUCAACUUGCAUCCCAGUCAUGAUGAAGUUGGGGAGGCACUGGCGGAUUUUCUACACAUAGCGGAAGAGUGGCAACAGCUAGGCUUCAUCUAUGCUCGUGACGAUAGUCUGGUGAGGUACGAGAAACUAUUAUCCAAGUUCAGGGGUAGAUUGAUGGUCCGAAGGCUGAACACGGCUGCACUGACGCACAAGUACAUCAUCAAGUACUUCAUGACGACAAGAUCACAAAAUCGUUUUGUGGUGGACAUUCCAAAGGCCGAGAUUGAGGAAUUCCUAAAAUUGAUUUCUGAGUACAAUAUGACGGAUCAAUACUAUAGCUACAUAUUCACCGACUGGGAUGCUCAGUUUACCGACCCCAGGGCCUUUUCCGUAGACAAGGGCGCCAACUUCACGGCGCUGUCACUGCUUCCACUGCUUCGAGUUAACUACCGAACAACGGAGGAGGAGGAGGAGGUUGGGGAGGAAGAGGAAGGAAGGGACGGGAUUGAUGAAUGGAGCUCCUCAAAUCCUCUACAAGAGAAUGAGGAGCAUCACUCCAGUCCGCAGAAUAGUCUCAAUAGGAUGCGAUGGAAGGGUGUUGUUACCUCUCCCUACCUCAUUCUUCAUAUCUUCCUGGUGACAUUUAGUCGCGUUAUCUGCUGUUUUUCAUCCAUUGUUAAGACCUACUACUUCCUCAUUCUUGACACCAUGAAUCUCCUCGCCCAUGGAAUAUCUCGUCUAGUCAACUCAAUGACCAUCCAACCCCCCGUCGGUUUGACUUGUGAUUCCCAUGACGUUUGGCCACAGGGUGCAAGACUGUUGACUGAAAUCAAAUCUGUAGGUUGA